ACACAGCCAAUACUUUAGCAUGUUCAGUUGACAAAUUGAGCAUGUGACAAGCUAGUGGCACUAGUAUACAUCUGGGGGAGCAAAAAUGAUUUUUUUUAUUCUAUUUUCCCAAUAAACAAACUUUUCUCAAUAUUUAUUUAUAUUAGUUUCCAACUUUGCUCAAACUUUCAUCAAAUUCUGAUCAUGGAACUCAUCUAUUACAUAAUUUCUCUAGCUUCAGCUUUUUCCUUUUUCAUAUUCAUGCUCCUCAACAAAAAGGUUCAAUCGAAAAAUCUGCCACCUAGCCCUCUUUGGCUUCCCAUCCUCGGCCAUCUAUACCUUCUAAAGCAUCCCCUGCACCGAACCUUGCAUCACUUGUCACAAACCUAUGGUCCUGUCUAUUUUCUCUGGUUUGGAUCCAGACCGGCUCUUGUGGUUUCGAACCCUUCAAUGGCCGAGGAAUGCUUCACCAAGAACGACAUCAUCUUCGCAAACAGACCUCACGUUAUUGUGGGAAAGUACCUUUCUUACGAUUAUACCACCGUUGGCUCCUCUAAUUACGGAGACCUAUGGAAGAAUCUUCGUCGAGUUGCCACCGUGGAGUUGUUGUCCCCCACCCGACUCAACAUGUUUUUCGAUAUUCGACAAGAAGAAGUUAAAAAUCUGGUCAAGAAUCUGUUCAGCGAGUCCAAACUGGGAUUUACGAGGGUUGAGAUGAAGUCUAGAUGUUCAGAGCUGCCAUUCAACAUCAUCAUGAGAAUGGUCACCGGAAAGAGGUAUUUUGGUAAUGAAGUGGAAGAGAGAAUUGAAGAGGAGGCUAAGAGAUUUAGAGAGUUAAUAAGAGAAAUGCUUGAGGCUAGCGUAUCAUCAAAUCCAGGAGAUUUCUUGCCCAUAUUCGGAUGGUUUGACUUUCAAAACAUUGAGAAAAGAAUGAGCACCUUGAUGAGUAAGGUGGAUACCUUCAUGGAGGAAUUAAUAGAGGAACGUCGCCAUAAGUGUCACAACCUCGACCAAGAUGUAGGGAAUAUGUCGAAAACAAUGGUCGACGCCAUGUUAUCUUUGCAAGAUUCCGAUCCUCAAUACUACUCCGACAAAAUCAUCAAAGGCAUGAUUUUGACAAUGUUAACCGGAGGAUCAGACACAUCAUCAACAACGAUAGAGUGGGCCAUGUCACUUUUGCUCAACAAUCAAGAAGUUCUAAAGAAAGCCACGUCCGAAAUAGACAUUUGCAUAAGUCAAGGUCGUCUUGUAGAAGAAUCCGAUCUUCACAACCUCCCAUACAUUCAAGCCAUAGUCAAUGAGACCCUACGUUUGUUCCCGGCAGGACCACUCCUCAUACCGCACGAGAACUCUGAGGCAUGCACCGUUGGAGGGUACGAUGUUCCACGUGGCACCAUGUUGUUUGUUAAUGCAUGGUCCAUCCAAAGGGAUCCUAGGGUUUGGGAUGAACCGACAUGUUUCAAGCCGGAGAGAUUUUGUGACGGAGGGGGAGAAGGUGAAUUAGGGUAUAAAUUUUUACCAUUUGGAAUGGGGAGGCGGAGAUGUCCCGGGGUUGUAUUAGCGAAUAAAGUGGUCGGUUUGGCUUUGGCAACAUUGAUACAAUGCUUCGAAUGGGAAAGGGUGAGUGUAGAGUUGGUUGAUAUGUCGGAAGGGACGGGCAUAACAAUGCCUAAAGCAAUACCCUUAGAAGCUAUGUGCAAAGCUAGGGAAGGAAUGAUGCAUGUCCUCACACAAAUAUAAGAAUGUCGCACAAUUAUAGUCCACGAUUUCAAUUCGUAUAUCCAUCGAUGCUCAAUCGAUUAAAAAGUG